GCGUCCCGGCGGCGGGAGCGGGCGCGGCGGGGCCGGUUCGUGGCGAGCCCGAUUCGUGGCGAGCCCGGUCCGUACCGAGCCUGGUCGGUACCGAGCCGAGCCGUGCCGCUCCGUGCCGAGCCCGACCCUCCUGCCGCCCGGCCCGCUGUUGACAAGCGGCGGCGGUCGGCAGCGCGGCGGCGGUCGUCCCCAUGUGGCGGACGCUGGCCCUCGCCUCCGCCUUCUUCCCGGGGCUCUUCGCCUUCUGCAUCCGGUUGCUGCGCUGGGCCGCCCCGGGAUGGAGCCUCAAGGACCGCAUCCUCCUCAGCGGCAGGCUGGUGUCAACGGUCCAAGCCACGAUGGCUACAGUAUCGGGGAUCAUAGUUGUCCUUAACUGCAAGGACGUGGUGCAUGACAGGCACUGGCUGGCGGUCGAGUACAUCUGGGUCCUGGUUCCCUACAUGACCUAUGACAUUUACGUCAUGUACCUCUGCCACUGGCACAAGAGCCAGGACAAGGGAAUUGCUGAGAAGAAGCACUCUCUGGCCAGCAUCCGGAGCUUCCUCCUGCAGGAGCGGCUGAUGGUGACCCACCACCUCUUCAUCCUCAUCAUCCUCACCCCCAUCACGCAGCACUUCAGGGGAGAGCUGGGGGACUUCUUCGUGGGCUGCAUCUUCACAGCAGAGCUGAGCACGCCUUUCGUAUCGCUGGGCAAAAUCCUCAUGCAGCUCAAAAUGCAGGACACGCUCCUGCACAAGGUGAACGGGAUCCUCAUCCCGGUGACCUUCUUCCUCUGCCGUAUCCUCCUCUUCCCUUUCAUGUACGCGGCCUACGCCAGGCAGGCGGGGAUCCCUGUUUACCUGGUGCCUUUCCGCAUCCCCAUGCACUGCAACAUCGCCAACGCCUCCCUCAUCGCCCCCCAGCUCUACUGGUUCAGGCUCAUCUGCCGCAAAGCUGCCCAGCUCUACGGCGGCUCGCCCGCCCGCAAGAGCAGAUAAUGGCAGCGGCGGCCCAGCGCGGGGGCUGGAGACGGGUCAGACCCCCCUGGCUCUUCCACCUUCACCGUCGGCGCUGCAGGGACUGUGCAGGAGCAGAGCGGUGGAUGCAGCGAUGCCACUGGGCUGUCAUCGCUGGAAGCAGCUUUGCCAUCCCCACUGCCGUGCCCGGGGGCUGGGAAGGAUUUGUCCCCACACUGCACCAGUGCCUGGUGUGUGUCCCCAUGCGGGAGCCAGAGCAGGAGCCAGCGAGGAGGAGAUCUGCCCAUCAGCACGACAUUCCGCCUGGGAUUAAACACCGUGGCACUGGACCGAUGGUCACAUGAGAGGGGUUUGUUACCAUCCCCCAUCUUUCAGGGCUGACCCCAGCACCGAGCGGGCUGUGAGGGAGCCUGGAGGCGAUGCUGGAGCGUGCCCAGCCCCGGGCAGCGGCACUGGGGACCGGGGGAGCCGCGGGCCGGACCCGCCACCGCUCCAGCUCGCUCCGGUUCUGGUUUACAGCCUCCAGCUUCGGGCAGAGCUGUGGCAAAGUGCUGCACAGCCCGUUCUGACCUUUCCCGACCUCGCCUCCACACCACAGCCGCGUUCGGCCGCUCGCCUCCCACUGCUGGGCUCCAGGCUUUUCAGACUCCACUUACCCAAAGGUGCUUUUCACUACAACUGGCUGGUGUCUGCGGCUGGCGGUCCUGGGGUUGGGGGGCUCUGGUGUCCCCAGUGGGGCUGGAGGGGAGAGAAGCUCACACCAGGACAGAGGAACGGUUCUGCUGUCCUAGAACAUGUGCAGCGCCCACGGCUGAAGGGCAGGACGGGGACAGGAGACUGCCAAGUCCUCAUCCCACUAACACACGGGCACUACGCAGAGCCCUUUGCGGCAGGAGAUGCAGCUUCCAACCCCCUCCCCAAACUUUUAUCUGCCCCGCAUCCCCCCAACGGGUAUUUAAAGUCAUCUGCAGGAAGAACCAGCAACCCCAGAGCAGGGGACCGAGCUGUGUCCUUCACCAGUUCAGCCUAUUUCCACCUUUGGUCACAGCGAAACGGGGUCCCCAAGCCUCGCAGGUGCGGGCAGGUCAGACAGCCGCAGUUCGGUCCCUUCCCUGCAGUCUCCAGGGGUCCCUGUCCCAGGACAGGUACCACACCAGCACAGCCCCUGCACCCCCGUGCCCAGAGACCUGUGGCCACUUGGUGCCUUUUGUUCUGUCUACAAACCACAGCUGGAAGGGCUGAGGUCUUCUAGGUGUCAGAUGUCCCAGCCACGGAUGUAUUCUGGAAAGAAUAAAAUAAAAGGGCCUUCUCCACCGUGCAGUCGGUUAUUGUAGAAACAUUACUGUCACACUAACGACCGAGACCAGCAGAUGUUAUAAAACGCUUGCUACCUGUUAAAAAUGUUUGUAUCUCGCUGUUUUCAUUCCAAGUAAUGUGCCUUAUGUAAGGCCAAAAAAAAAAAGCCAAUGAGGCAUCUCAUUUUGCACUAACACUGCCCUGUUUACCACUGCACCUAUCAGGAGACCAAUAAAGAUUUCCUCUCUGAGUCACACCA